AUAUUUUCCAACUCGUCUCCUUUAUUCGAUUAUAAUUACAAUAUAAAAAAUAUCCCUUGUUGCCAAAAGUAAUUUAUAAAGUUAAAUUCGUCCGACUUUUAAUUUGAUUCUUGUCGAAGCAAAACGCCGGCGAACUCCGGUCAUUGCCACCAUCAUCUUCAAAAUUUUCCGUCUCUUUUGGCGGAGUUAUCCUCCCGGAGUUCGUCAAUUUUAAGCUGGUUGAUGGAAACCACUGCUACGCCGGAGGAGUGGCCGCCGGACGGGCAAUUUCCAUUUGAUCUUUUUGUAUCGAAGAAGUAUAAGUCCUUCUGGGAUGCUGGAAACAUCCAAUUUACCGAUGCUGUUGGUAAUUUGUUCUUCAGCGUUGACCGUCGUCAACCUCAGAAUUCGGCAGCCCAGACCCACCCUCAAAAACUAAUUCUCGAUGCAUCGGACAAUACCCUGAUUCGCUUAGUUCGAUUAACUAAAGGAUCAUGGCAAGGCUUUAUGGUAAGUGAUAAUGAAGAAAAGGCGUUGAUGUUCAGUGUGAAUAAGACACUAAAUACAUUCACUAAACUAGAGUUUGACAUAUUCCUUGGUGAUGGACAUGUUGAAGGCGCAGAGGCUGAUCUUAAGAUGAAAGGUUCUGCCUUCAAGAGAUCAUGCACCAUCUACAAAGGCAAUUCCAUAGUAGCUGAGACUAGCCUUAUGUACACACUUGGGUUCAGGAAGCAUUUCAUUCCAAGGAACAGAUUUCGAGUAACCAUAUUUCCCGGUUUGACUGAGCUUAGCCUUGUUGUGGCUUUGGUUGUAGUAUUUUUUGACAAACAGAAAUUUUGGCUAUAAAAAGGUUGAGCCUCUGAGUGUAACAAAGAUAAUUAAAUCCUCAUUCCUUUUUAUUUCAUAUGACAAUGUUUCAGUGUUAUCUUCUCCUA